UUCGGAGCCCAGGCACCACGCUGGCUCUUGCCUGGGGUUCUCAGGAGGGGAGAGUUGGGAGAGGCUUUGCUGCUGAGGAAAUUUAUUUGAUAGACUGAAGGUUUGAACAGGAGCUACAGAAACAAAAGAGAAAACCCGUUUAAGCCAAUGGUGUUCGGGAAGAGAAUAACCCCAUUGCCUUGAGUUUGUAGGUGCCGCUACUACUCCGGGAAAAUGGCAGAUGACGAAGAAUAUGAGGAGGUGGUGGAGUACUACACAGAAGAGACAAUUUACGAAGAGGUGCCAGGAGAGACAAUAACAGAAUACUAUGAAACUACGACUACUAGUACAUCUGACUAUGAGCAACCAGCAACUUCCAGACCAGCCCUGGCACAGCCAGAACCGGCAAAGCCAGUGGAGAGGAAGAGGGUCAUCCGGAAGAAAGUGGACCCUUCAAAGUUCAUGACCCCCUACAUUGCACACAGUCAGAAAAUGCAGGAUCUUUUUAGCCCAAAUAAAUACAAGGAGAAGUUUGAGAAAGCAAAAGGACAGCCAUACGCCAGCACAACCGAUACCCCAGAACUUCGCAGAAUCAAGAAAGUACAAGAUCAACUCAGUGAGGUUAAGUAUCGAAUGGAUGGCGAUGUUGCUAAAACUAUCUGUCACGUAGACGAAAAAGCAAAAGAUAUUGAACAUGCAAAGAAAGUGUCGCAGCAAGUCAGCAAGGUUUUAUACAAGCAGAACUGGGAAGACACCAAGGAUAAGUACCUGCUUCCCCCUGAUGCCCCUGAACUUGUCCAGGCCGUUAAGAACACAGCCAUGUUCAGUAAGAAACUCUACACUGAAGACUGGGAAGCAGACAAAAGUUUGUUUUACCCCUACAAUGACAGCCCGGAACUGAGGAGGGUUGCCCAAGCCCAGAAAGCUCUCAGUGAUGUUGCCUACAAAAAAGGUCUCGCUGAACAGCAAACUCAGUUCACACCUCUGGCCGAUCCUCCAGAGAUAGAAUUUGCCAAGAAAGUAACCAGACAAGUGAGCAAGCAAAAAUACAAAGAAGACUACGAAAAUAAAGUCAAAGGCAAAUGGAGUGAGACACCUUGCUUUGAAAUGGCGAACGCCAAAAUGAAUGCUGAUAACAUAAGCUCAAGGAAAUACCAGGAAGAUUUUGAGAACAUGAAAGACCAGAUCUACUUCAUGCAAACUGAAACACCAGAGUACAAAGUGAAUAAACAAGCUGGAGUGGCAGCUAGCAAGGUAAAAUACAAAGAAGACUAUGAAAAGAAUAAAGGGAAAGCAGAUUAUAAUGUACUUCCUGCUACAGAGAACCCACUGCUCAAGCAGCUGAAGGUGGCAGGAAAUGCCCUAAGUGAUAAACUAUACAAGGAAAACUAUGAAAAGACGAAGGCAAAGAGCAUGAAUUACUGCGAGACCCCCAAAUUCAAGCUUGAUACAGUUCUACAGAACUUCAGUAGUGACACUAAAUAUAAAGAUUCCUACUUAAAGAAUAUUUUGGGACAUUAUGUAGGCAGCUUUGAGGAUCCGUAUCAUUCACACUGCAUGAAAGUCACAGCUCAAAACAGUGAUAAAAACUACAAAGCAGAAUAUGAAGAAGACAAGGGCAAAGGCUUCUUCCCCCAGACCAUCACUCAGGAAUAUGAAGCAAUCAAGAAACUAGACCAGUGUAAAGACCACACCUACAAAGUUCAUCCUGAUAAGACGAAAUUCACCCAAGUAACUGACUCUCCAGUUCUGUUGCAAGCCCAAGUCAAUUCCAAACAACUGAGCGAUCUAAAUUACAAAGCAAAACACGAGAGUGAAAAGUUCAAGUGCCAUAUACCCCCUGAUACUCCUGCUUUUAUCCAGCACAAAGUCAAUGCCUAUAACCUGAGUGAUAAUAUUUACAAGGAAGACUGGGAGAAGAGCAAAGCCAAGAAGUUCGACAUUAAAGUGGACGCCAUCCCCCUGCUGGCAGCCAAAGCCAACAGCAGGAACGCCAGUGACGUGAUGUACAAGAAAGACUACGAGAAAAACAAAGGGAAGAUGAUUGGAGCCCUCAGCAUUGAGGACGAUCCCAAGAUGCUGCACUCCUUGAAGACAGCCAGAAACCAGAGUGAUAGAUUGUACAAGGAAAACUAUGAGAAGACAAAAGCAAGGAGCAUGAACUACUGCGAGACCCCCAGAUACCAACUUGACACUCUGCUGAAGAACUUCAGUGAGGCUAAAUAUAAGGAUUCGUAUGAAAAGAAUAUCUUGGGACAUUAUGUAGGCAGUUUUGAGGACCCGUAUUACACACACUGCAUGAAAGUUUCAGCUCAAAACAGCGACAAAAGUUACAAAGCAGAAUAUGAAGAAGAUAAAGCGAAGUGCUAUUUCCCUCAGACUAUAACACAAGAAUACGAAGCAAUCAAGAAGCUAGACCAGUGUAAAGAUCAUACCUACAAAGUUCAUCCAGAUAAGACCAAGUUCACGGCAGUCACUGAUAGUCCUGUCCUGUUGCAAGCCCAGCUCAACACGAAACAGCUUAGUGAUCUGAAUUACAAAGCGAAACAUGAAGGUGAGAAGUUCAAGUGCCAUGUCCCGGCAGAUGCUCCAGAGUUUAUCCAACACAGAGUCAAUGCUUAUAAUCUGAGUGACGUAAGUACCAAAGCCACAGGAGCCUAUGUUUGGUGCGCAUGAAAAGAGAAAAUGUUC